AGAAAUCCAAGCGAAGCGUACCCCUUUUCCCGGGAUAUUUUCCGCUGAUCCCCGGUUGCUCCGUGGCAAACUUGUUCCCCUCGCCUUGGCACAACCCGUCGCAUCAACCAGAUUCCCACCCCCUAUUCCGACGGCCGUGAUCGUGCCGUUCGAGUUGGUUAAGCCGGGCCUCUGGCCCAUCGGAAGCGACAGGCCCCGGUUGCGUGGGUCCUACGCCGAAGAGACCAACGGAAAGCCGGCCGGCGGGUGUCGGUUCUUUCUUGCUCGUUGCACCUCUCGCGCUCCUCUCAGCCUGCGGGGUCUCACUCCACCAGAUGACGGUAAGCUCACCGACUCCGUCUCCCGAGCGUUGCCACCGCUCCCUUCUUCCCCUCCGUUGAGAUUCUAGGGAUUCCCCUCUCUCCGAUCUCCGUAGCCGGCUCCGCCGUCGAUAUUCUCUGACGGGAGGCGGCGUCCCUUAUUCCCUUGCCGGAGCACGUCGAUUUCCGGCUCCGAUGCGCCGGAAGAAAGAGAACAAGCGGCCUCUGGGUCCGAUCCUGCGAGCUCGCCCUUAUCAAGAACCGGUUUGAUUCAUAUAACCCCUCGGAUCUCGUUGGUAUAGAACUGUAGAUAGGAUCGUAGGAGUAGGUUUCUUUGAACGGGGAUGGAGUCGUUCAGGAGGAAGAGGAAGGGGAUCAAAUCUUCGCCUACUGUUGGAUCGCACCCGUCCGAUGGCGGCGAUCAUGGUCGCCGGAGCAAGAAGUGCAGGGAGCUGAAGGUUCGGCCGGAAAAGAUGGGAUCUUGCAAUGGCGGCGGCGGCGGCGGCGCCGUGGUCGUGAUGACGGCGCCGCCAUCCGGGAGGUCGUCGCCGGAUACGCCCGGGCGAGGCCACAAAAGAAAGCUGGGUUGCAUUGAGUCGGCUACUCAGAUUCGCCGGAAGAAGAAGCUGGAGCGGGAGUAUGUGCUUGGCGGGGAGAUCGGGCAGGGGAAGUUUGGGUCGGUGAGGGUGUGCCGGAGCAAGGCCAGCGGCGAGGUGUUUGCCUGCAAGACGCUGCGGAAGAACGGGGAGGAGACGGUGCACCGGGAGGUGGAGAUCAUGCAGCACCUCUCGGGGCACCCGAAUGUCGUGAACCUGAAGGCUGUUUUUGAGGACUCGGACUGCUUCCAUCUGGUGAUGGAGCUGUGCUCAGGGGGUCGGCUUUUGGAUCAGAUGGCCAGGGUGGGGCGUUACUCGGAGCAGAUGGCUGCUAAUAUGCUGAAAGAACUGGUUUUGGUCAUCAAGUAUUGUCAUGAGAUGGGAGUUGUACACCGAGACAUCAAGCCAGAGAACAUUCUUUUCACGACAUCAGGAGGGAUGAAGCUUGCUGACUUUGGGUUGGCAGUGCGGGUUACCAACGGGCAUAUGAAGGCCAAAGGGACCAAUAACGUACAAUCAGGAUUCUGGAAUCUAGUCUGUCCAUCCAUCCAAUCAAUAAACUACUUUGAAGUGGUGGAAAGAGGAGUAGGCAUCAAACAACAUACUACUUUAAUGCAAGCAUGUCAUACAUUGACAACAGGUCAGAGAUUGUCCGGUCUUGCCGGGAGCCCAGCCUAUGUUGCCCCAGAAGUUCUCUCAGGCCAUUACUCAGAGAAAGUGGACAUCUGGGGUGCUGGUGUUCUCCUCCAUGCACUGUUAGUCGGUGUCCUUCCAUUUCAAGGGGACUCAUUGGAAGCUGUCUUCGAGGCUAUAAAGACAGUAGAGCUUGAUUUCCACAGCGGCAUGUGGGAACUGAUAUCCGAACAUGCACGGGAUCUGAUAAGUUGGAUGCUGACUCGUGAUGUUUCCAGAAGGAUGGCUGCUGACGAUGUCCUAAGGCAUCCAUGGAUUAUUUUCCACACGGAAUGCCCAGCCAAGGCUUUACCUAUUGCAUUUAGGGUCGCUAACAAGAGUAGAGUACCCCGGGUUCAGUUGGAAAAGACUUGGGCAGCCAAUUGCUCUUCAUCUCUGGGAAGUUCGAGUCGGGAGUCAGAGGAGCAGGAUGACUGUGGGUUUGUGGAUGCUCUUGCAGCAGCCAUAUCUCGUGUGAGGAUAUCCGAGCCGAAGCGGAGCAGGCUUUGUGGUCCUGCUAGCCCGGUCCAGCAGGAGUGCUCUUCUAACAUGAAGGCUAACCUCUGUACAGCAUUCUGAGUCGCCUGUGUAUAGCAUCUGACUUCCACAAUGCCACAAUUCUACCAAAAAGCUUUGACUUCCACCAGAAUCUCACUCUGUGACACCGCGGUUAUCAGAUUUUGUUUUGCAUGCAAGCGGAUUCAGGUUUUCUUGCUCGAAAGCCCAUAAGCUUUUUAUUCCAGUGUGAUCAUAACCAUGCUGAUCACAUUUCUAAGUUAGUAAUUAGACUGCUUGUAAAUUUCUUGUAAAUAGGACUGACCGUUCUUCUUUGUGAAUUAUUAAUGCAAGAUGACUUCGGUGCCCCCCAAAACGCAAAAAAAAAAGAAAAGAACA